AUGUGGAACGAAGAAUCGCAGUUGUUCGUACCACAAAACAACUUUCCAACAGAUUCUGCCUCCCAAUCGGACUGGUUUCAAUUCGAUGGUGACAAUUAUCUGGUAUUUUCGGGUACGGUUGGUAAUGCCAAAGUUUAUCGAUUGGACCCGGCGGUUUUAACAUUUAUAGAGCAUUCCACUGUUCCUAACACGACACCAUCCCUAACCGUCGACACGUAUUUAUACGACUGUAAAUUGUACAUGGUCACAUCGAAACCUACACAAUUUUCCAUCCCUGUCAUAUAUGAAUGGGGACCUAGCGGAUUCCAGCCAAUUCAGUCAUCGCUGGCUCCUAACCUCGGCCAUAUUCGUGUUUUUGAAAUCAACAACCACCCGUUUCUAUUCAGGUCUUGUAUGUUGGGCGAUAGUAAGCUUUAUAAACCAAGUAUAAAUGGUCUGGUCGAAGUCGAUACUUUGCCAGCAAGUUCCGUAUUGCCUGAAUCUCAUUCCAUCGUGAAACGAGAGCAAUUGGACUGUCUAUUUCCCUCGCCCUGUGAAAAUGGAGGUGUGUGCGAAGACACGCUAAUGGGAUACGUCUGUCAAUGUCCGGAAGAUUUCACUGGCACGAAUUGUGAAACGGAAAUCCAGCAUACAUGCCAGUCGGAUGCGGAAUGCCAAAAUGGCGGCACUUGUGACAUCACUAAUGAUCAGUGUCAUUGCCAACCGAACUAUGACGGAGAAACGUGUGAAAUCGAACUAUGCGCAGCUCCAGCCAAUGACGUAACUGGAUUUGAAUUCCUUGAUCUGCAAGCGAGUUUCCCUAGCGACACAGAGUGGAAUUUGGCUAACGAUCCUGCAAUCGCGUCAUUCAGCAUAGGUACCGAUACGUUCAUUGUAGUGUAUGAAGUUCUCGAGGACUUCGUAUCAGUCGGUUCGUUUUCUCCUACUCCUCCCACUUUCCAAGUUUUGAAGACGAUCAGUUUUCCCGGUGAGUUCAUUACUCACGUAGAACCAUUUGUUAUGAGUGGUCUCCAGUACGUAGCUAUAGGACUGACGGCGAGAUCCGUGUUUUAUAGAUGGGAUGGGACAGACUUGGUCGAUGAAAAAGACAUUUCAGCGAAUGAAGGUGCCGAGCACUUGCACUUCUUUAGCUCUGGCCACGGUCACUUUAUUGUAAGGUCGUACAGCCCACAAUUAUCGAUAAGUAGUAACAGUGUGAUCCAUAGGUGGGACGAGUCCAGUGGCGAGUUCGUGCACCAUCAAGAUAUACUUACCCGGGAUGCCAAGAUGUCUACGACAUUCUCUGAUGACACAAGCACGUACUUAUUUUUUGCCUCUGAUUCCUUAAAUCCUCUCCUGGAGCCCAGAAUGUUGGUCCAAAAUGACGUCAAUCCAAACUUCUCGCCAUUAAUCAUCAAUGGCAUAAACAGUGCUUCUAUCGACGCCGUGUUGACGUUGAAAUUCGGUUGUCAGCGUUACCUAGUUACGGAGGUGGCGUCAAUCACAAAGCCGGAGAUAUAUCGAUGGGACAACGAAACCGGUGAUUUUACCACAGUUGCAAUUCCGCUCACACAAACGUUUUAUUUAAUAAAUCCUGCUGCCUUUACUUAUUUCGAAGUAGGGGAUGCGUAUCCUCACUUUAUUCACAUGGGGAUGAGCGCCACCCCUGGAUUCCUCCGUAGUUUGUUUGUAAUCAAACCUUCGUUUGGCCAAGUAGACUUAUUUGAAAUAAUUCAGUACAUCGACGCAACACCAUACCCGCCAUUGGUAUCGCAUGCAUUUAAGCACGACAGUGACGCGGAAACGAGUGAGAUAAACGGAGAAUUUGCACCGGUGACCAUCAGUAACCAACUAGAUAAUAGUGGGGUCAUUCGAAUUACGUCAUUUACAAUCAAUCACGAACUCUACGUCCUGACGAGUGGCGCCACCAGCACUGACGUUGUCCGCGUGUAUAAGUUCGACAACACUGGUUUCGUGCAAUUAAUCACUGGCGAUUUCUUUAACGGACACUCAAUGGAGUAUGUAUCACAUAUAGAACCAUUCGUCAUUGGCGAUCGGCAAUUUUUAGCGGUGGCAGUAUCAGUCGGUCCAGGCGUUUCAACAAUUUUCGAGUGGAGUUCCGUUGAUUCGAAAUUUGUGGAGCUCGAUAAUAAUCCAUUUGGAGUUGGCAUGCAUUUUAACUUUUUCAGUACUUCGCACGGGAGAUUUCUCGUGUUGACGGUCUUCCAGACUGGGGGUUCGACGGUGGUUAUUGCUGACAGCGUGGUCGCGAAGUGGAAUCCAAUUACCGACACGUUCGACCAUUUUCAGAACAUUCCCACCAAUAGAGCGUUCGAGUCGACCUUCUUUACAGACUACCAGACAACUUACCUGUUGUUUGCCCGAACAGCCAUGGAUGUCGACAUGUACCAGUUAACUGCAGACGGAACGGAAUUUCAGAGUUACACCCCUACAACCACCAUCAGUGAAACGCAUGGCUUUUCCACAUUCACUUUCCAAUGUACACCGAUAUUGGUCACUUAUCGUGACGCGGCAUUCGCGCAUGUCUGGCAGAACGGUGAUUUCACGCCAAUGGAUUUCUCGCCCUCAUAUGCCUUUAUGAACAAAGCCGACGGUAGUAUGUGUACUUUUGUAAUCGACCACUAUCCAGUGCUUGUUACAUCAAAUGGCUUGUUCUAUUCGGAGGUUUUCCGACCCCGAAUAACUGAAUUUGAUAUUGAAUCUCUCUAUCAAACUGGCGGGAAAUUCCAAGCAUGUCAUAUAUUCAGUUACCAAGGUGAUACAUAUCUAAUAUUGAUACCUGAAAUUGGAAGUGGGCUUGACGCCCUCUAUAGAUGGGCUCCAACACCAUAG